AUGCGCCAUGGCAGUCAGGAUUCAGAUGACCAGACACGGCGUUUGUUUGAUCGCCGAUCCACGGUGGCUUACCCAGGUAUGGAGGGUAAGUACGUAGCUAAGGGCCAAUUCUCGGGCAAGUCGAUCGCCGUGCUGAGCAGCGGUGGAGAUGCUCAAGGGAUGAACUCAGCUAUUCGUGCUGUCGUAAGAAUGGGCCUUUACUGCGGCUGUCGCGUCUUCUUUGUCAAGGAGGGUUACCAAGGCCUUGUGGAUGGGGGCAAAAAUCUCAAAGAGGCCACAUGGGCUGAUGUCUCUGGCAUUAUGCAACUGGGAGGCACGGUGAUUGGUUCGGCCCGUUGUAAGGACUUUCGGGAGAGGGCAGGCCGUGAGAAGGCAGCGCUCAAUAUGGUAAAGCAUGGGAUUCACAACCUCGUUGUCAUCGGUGGAGAUGGUUCACUCACUGGAGCCAACGAAUUUCGUGUUGAAUGGGCCUCUCUUCUAGCCUCACUUUACGAGAAUGCCAAAAUCACCGAGGAGGAGAGGUCAAAUCAUGAACAUCUCAACAUAAUUGGCAUUGUGGGCAGUAUUGACAAUGACUUCUGCGGUACUGAUAUGACCAUUGGCGCGGAUUCAGCACUACACCGUGUAAUUGAGGCUGCAGAUGCCAUUGUAACUACAGCACAGUCUCACCAACGCUGCUUUAUUCUGGAAGUUAUGGGACGCAAUUGUGGCUAUCUUGCUCUCCUCUCAGCUCUUGCCUCUGAAGCUGAUUGGGUCUUCAUUCCUGAGGUGCCACCAGUGGACAAUUGGCCCGAAUUGCUCUGUUCGAAGGUUCGAAGGAAUCGCGAGCGAGGUCAACGCGUGAGCAUCAUCAUGGUGGCUGAAGGUGCUGUGGAUCGAGAGAAUAAACCAAUUACCUGUGAGAUGGUGAAGAAAUUGAUGGUGGACGAGUUGAACUUGGACACACGCAUCACCGUUCUGGGGCAUGUACAGCGUGGUGGUCGUCCCUCGGCCUUUGAUCGUGUCCUCGGUAUCCGCAUGGGUGCUGAGGCUGUGUUGGCUCUCAUGGAUGCGGACAAGAAUCCCGAGCUUCCUGCUUGUGUCAUCACUCUUGUAGGCAAUCAAGCUGUUCGUUUGCCACUGAUGCACUGCGUCGAGAAGACUCGAGGUGUGGCUGCUGCUAUCGCCAAACGCGACUUUGAACAGGCAGUGUUCCUCCGUGGACGGAGUUUUAUGACCAAUGUGGACACAUACAUUACUUUGUCCAAAAUCAACCCUCCAACUGUGGAAAAUAGGGCGAAAUUGCGUGUCGGUGUGGUGAAUGUGGGCGCCCCAGCAGGUGGAGUGAAUGCAGCAAUGCGUAGCUUUACGCGUAUUGCCAUCACUAGGGGCUAUCAUGUGGUGGGCAUCUUUGAGGGCUUCCAGGGCCUUGUCAAUGGUGAGGUGCGGGACAUCCACUGGGACGAUGUCAGAGGCUGGGUCUCCCAAGGUGGUUCCAACCUCGGCACUCGUCGGCCCACACCGAGGGAGGUUGGCUUGGAUGCAGUGGCGUCUCGAUUGGCUGAAUUUAGGAUCAGUGGCCUCUUGGUGAUUGGUGGAUUUGAGGCGUUCGAAUGCAUGGUUGACCUAGUGGAGGGUAGAAGUGAACACAAGGAGCUCUGCAUCCCCAUGAUCAUGAUUCCGGCUACAAUCAGCAACAAUGUGCCUGGCACUGACUUCUCUCUGGGUGCUGACACUGCUCUCAAUGAGAUCACCUUGGCAAUUGACAAGAUCAAACAAAGUGCUACAGGUACGAAACGUCGCGUCUUUGUGGUUGAGACGAUGGGCGGCUUCUGUGGUUAUCUGGCAACAAUGGGUGCUGUGGCAGGAGGUGCCGAUGCGGCGUACAUCCAUGAGGAGGCCUUUGGCAUCGAUGAUUUGCGUGAGGAUGUCACUCACCUGCGUGCCAAGAUGGCUUCCAAUGUGCAGCGUGGUCUGGUGCUGCGUGCUGAAUUGGCCAAUAAGAAUUACUCGACGGACUUCAUCCACAAACUCUACACGGAGGAAGGUCAGGGCAUCUUCGACUGCAGAAUGACGGUGUUGGGCCACAUUCAGCAGGGUGGUGAGCCUUCGCCUUUUGAUCGCAUUCUGGGAACCAAAUUGGGCGUUCUUGCUAUCGACUGGUUGGACAAUCAGAUGAGCACCUUCCUAACCGAAAAUGGCGUGGUGAGCACAAAUGGAGACGAGACGAGUGUGCUGCUGGGAUUAAUCAAGCGCUCCUAUGAGUACUCUCGAGUGGUUGAACUGAAACGUGUGACCGACUUUAAGCAUCGUGUACCCAGCGACAACUGGUGGCUCAAUCUGCGCCCUCUGAUGCGUAUUAUGGCGAAGCACGAAAGUCUCUACGAAUCGGAGAGCAUAAUGCUCGGGGCUGACCGCAUCUAA